AGAAAAAAAGGGCUAAUUUGGACCAUAAACAAGUAUCUCAGUGUGAGAGCUUCAAUGGUUUGUAGUAAUAACAUGUUGUGAAUCAAAUUCAGCCAGGAAAGUAGAUUUGAAGGCUUGGAGAAUGUUUGGUUUGCGAUGAGAUUUUUUGAAUUUUUCUUGUUGAAACCCUAACCCUAAACCCUACAACAGACAUGUCUUCGGAGACCGAAGUCCCAUCGGAUCCUCGGAACCGGCGCUUUUCCUGCACCACCUGCUUCGAUGCCCUCUGGUUUUGCUACUCACCAGUUCAUCAGAUGCAGCAGUACUAUAGGGUUGGUGUUCUUGAUAACUGUUCUGAGAAGUGGAGUUCCCUUUUGGAUUGUUUGAGUCUAAAGACAAAACGUUCUGCUGAGGUUCAGGAAAUUCUAGAAAUUCGUGAGAAAGCCAAGCCUCACAUCUGGACUUUACGGACCCCAGAACAAGCAUCAUCUCACUGGAAAGAAUUAUUUGGACAUUUAGAUGAUGAAAUGGACUGACAGAUGCAAUUUCAACCAUACACUGAUCAUCUGGUGAUUUGGGAACAAAAGUAUUUAGACAACGAAUGUGGAGUAAACUCAAUUGAUUGAAUGUGCCAAAGAAAGGGAGAGACUGAUUCAUUUUUGUAGUUCUUUUUUCACUUGUUUCUUCAGAAAUGACUUUUGAAUUAACAAACAGAAAAGAUGAAUGGAAUAAAUAAUUUCACGCUU